AAAUGCCCACAUCCCUGCUCCAUCCCUGAGCACAGCUUUGAACAUUUUGCACAAGAACAGGAUAUUGGCAACUCAACUGUUAAACCUGUCUGUGAUUAUUCUUCCUUGAGAUCACUCUGAUGUCACCAGUGUAAUUUGAGCCUGGAGCUUUUGUUCACACUUUAAAUAGCAGUCCCGGAAUGAUUUUUGCCACAGACUCUCUGGAGAGCCCGGGAGCUGAAUUCCCGAAGAUCCUCACAUCGAUGAAAGCAAAGCCAAGCCGCCAAGCCAGCGUCAUGUCCACCUCGCUGCGAGUUAGCCCGUCCAUCCACGGCUACCACUUCGACACGGCCUCGCGGAAGAAGGCAGUGGCCAACAUCUUUGAAAACAUAGACCAAGAAGCUCUACAGAGACUUUUCAAAAACUCUGGGGACAAGAAGGCAGAGGAGAGAGCUAAGAUCAUUUUUGCCAUAGAUCAAGAUCUGGAGGAGAAAACGCGAGCCCUGAUGGCCCUGAAGAAGAGGACGAAAGACAAGCUUUUCCAAUUUCUGAAACUGCGGAAAUAUUCCAUCAAGGUUCACUGAGGACAAGAGGAUGGAUAAGGACAUUAUCCAAGAAGAGACAUUUUAAAGAUCGAAGGAGUUUGUGAGACCCAACACAUGCAGCAUUUUGCUGCUACUGAGCAAGCUUCUCUUUCAUCAGAAUUGCGGAAGCUGGAAAGGAACAGAACAAACUGGUUAUAAAGACUCCAACCAAUUUCACGCCUUCGCUGUUACGGUGGAGAACAAAAUGCUUUCAGCAAGGAUUUGAAAACUCUCCCUGCGGGGAAAGGACUGAUGCCGGUGUCAAGAGAAGAGUCUGAGGGGAUGUGAUGAGGACUGAGAAGGAAGAUAGCAAGAGGGCUGGGGAAGAACUGUUGCCAGAGUCUCUUUCUCAGGCCCUAGGACUUAAAUUCAACCUGAACUUUGUUUCCUUAGCCAAACUGGGUAGGGAGAGGGAGGAGGGAGAGGGGCAAACAGGGAGAGAGAAUCUAUGCUCUGAUGUUUACUAAAUUUUUUAUUUGAAUGUUUCAAAAUAUUGCCAGGCUUCAAUGUGAUCUAUUGGUAUAGAUUCUUAGAGAUCAGUAAUUGACUACUUAUUGGCAUUUUUUGCAGUGCCUGAAAAAGGGGUUAAUUACAAAUUAUGCAAUACUUUCAGCAGCUGAGUAAAACCCUUCUAGUUUGUAAAAGGUUUUAAUACAUUUCAAACUGGUUGCACAAAAGAUAAAAUAAUGGGGUCCCUCAAAUAUCCAAAGUACUGUGAAAAAUUUUAUGAUUUUUUAUCUUCUAACUAAUGCUAAAAAAAUAAUCUAAUUAGAUUUCUUACAGUUAUUGCAGUAAGCAUUAGGAAAUAAGUAUGAUAUAUUAAAUAGUUUAUGAAGAUGCUAUGGUUUCUAUAAUUUAUUAUACAUGACAAAUGAUAUGCAACCUUAAUAAAUUAUUAUAAACUUA